AUAGAUAAUUUAAAUUGGGCCUAUUGGAGAUCAUAAACAAAACAGUAAUUUUCAUCUUUGGUAAAUAAUAAUGUUGCUGAUUUUUUCAAUGCGUGUAAAUAUCAAAAUAAAAAUUAUAUUAUAAUAUUAAUUGUAUUAAGUUCAAACUGAGUUCAUCAACUGAACCAAUUUGAAUUUUCUAUAUUUAAAACUUAAGCAAACUAAACAAAAUGUCCUAAACUCUCGCUAGGAAAUUUGCAUUUGCGCAAAAACUUGCGUUGCAGUUAAACCGUCGACGGCUGCAACAAACCGAGACAAAAGAUAGAUAUUGCACUCCUAAGUAUCUAAAAGCUUCGAUCAACUUCCGAAACUAUAUUUAUUCAAAAAUGUGUGAGCUACUGCAAUCAGUCAAAGAACAAAUAACAGAGAUAGAAAAUGAAAUUACUGCAAAUAAAUAUCAACUAGAUGAACCAAAUUUAAUUGACAUGCCUGUUGAAAUUUUCCUACAAAUAUGUUCAUUUUUGGAUGCAUAUUUUCUCAAAAAUACACUCAGUAAGGUGUGUCUACGGUUUUGUGACAUACUAGCCGACGAUCAACUAUGGAAGCAUUGGGUACAGAAUAAAAUUAAGGGAAAAUUUCCCCCAGUAGGUGAUUUAAAAAAAUGGAAUGUUGAUCCUGCAGACUGGCAGGAUUUAUAUAUUGCAAUGGAAGUAGAAAAGAAAACUUGGUGUAAUGUUGAAGAAACCAUGAAACAUAUGGUUGUAAAAGAUGUACAUUUUGCAUCAGUUGAUGCUGUGUUGUUAGUGAAUAAUGGAGAAUUGUGUAUAUCAGGAGGUAGGGAUAGAGGAAUGGCGUUGUGGAAUGUUUCGGACAUUAGUGCAAAAAGUGAAACAAAUGACGGAGUAACAUCACUAACGGACACCAAACCAAAACAUUUAAGACAUGAUGCUCAUGCAGGCUGGGUAUGGGACUUGGCAGCAGAUGUUGUGAACUCCGCUUCCAAAGUUUAUUCUGCAUCUUGGGAUAAUACUGUGAAAGCAUGGGACUUAGCUACUGGAUUUCAGUGUAUCCAAACAUUUCAAUGUGGAAUGGCCGCAUUGUCCGUGGUAACAGUUGGAAGUGAAACUCUUGCUGGACUGUACUCAAAAAAUAUACUUUCUUUCGAUUUACGUUCAGGCUCUGGUCCUAUUUAUGUUUACACACCGCACAAAGGCCCCGUUUUGGGUCUUGAUGAGUACGACAACUUGAUUGCUUCUAUUAGUGAAGACAAAACACUCGCUGUUUGGGAUAGACGCGCCGGAAAAAUCUUAAUGCAAGAUAUAAAAAUACCCACUGGAAAAGCCUACCCGGUUUGUUUGAGUUGGGGACCUGCCGCUCUGUAUAUAGGCGAUUCUAAAGGCGCCCUGCAUUUAUUUAAUCCGGAAACCCUGAAGUUUGUGCAUUCGGUUCUAGCAUGGCCGCAAAACCAACCAAAUAAUACUUACUGUAAGGUAACAGCGUGUCACCAGAGCGAAAGCAACUUGAUUCUUUGCUCGGACAAAGGAGAAAUAAAGUUUAUGUACAAUUGCUAUCCGCCUCAAGAAUUUACAACAGUCACUAGCACUACAUCUGAAGUUACACAGUUGCAGUAUCUCAAUGGAGUUUUAGUCAUCGGAACCUGCGACUCCGCGUUAGAAUUUUGGGUGCCGAAAGAUAAAUUUCCGUGAAAUUUAGGACUACAGGAACAUUACCAACAUAAUAAAGUAUGUAACAUACUAAUAACAAAUUCCUGUUUCCAAUUCAUUAAUAACUGGCUAAUAUUAAUUUUAUGAGUUUAACUUGUAUUUUUAUAUUGGUUGUCUUGCAUAAUUUAAAAAAUAAUAAUUAUAUGUUGUGUUGACUAAUUAGUACUAUUAAUAUAUAAAUGUUACUAAUUAUGGAAGACUGACUUAGACUAAAUUAUAUAUUUGUAUAUUUAAAAGCAUAGUUGGUUGUGAUUGAGAUGGAUCUGAAUAUCAUUUUAUAUUACAAUGGACGCAUUGGAUGGAAAUAAUCUUUCGACUCAAAGUCACAAUAAUCUGAAGUGAGCGCAUUGCGUAAACAAGACUUCAUUUAUUAUAAAAGACCACAGCUGAAUAAUUAGAUGUAGGCUCAACUCGGAUCUAUAUAAUUAUUUAAUAUUCAAGUCGAAAAAAAUUAUGUAAUAGAUUAUGCAGCAUAACUUAUUGUAAAAUAAACAAGUUGAUUGAUUAUUUCUUUAUCUGAUGAAGAUACGUAACGAAGGUCUCUCUAGAAUAAAUUGUGGAAACGGCUAUUGGUUUACAUUUAACUUUUAAAAUGAGAUUAAAAAUCUAAUAGUAUAUAGUCAAUGAGUCAUAACUAAGACAUUUUAUCAAAAUGCACGUUUAUACUUUUAUAUUGUAUAUAAAAAGUACAUGUCCUGCUUUCUAUUGUCAUGUAUAUUAAUUACUACUUAUGUUACGAAAAACAAUUUGAUUUUGAAAUAUAAAUACAUAUAUUAUGCUUAGAUAGCGUUAACAGAAUUUAAUAAAGUUAAAAUAAAAGUCUUCAAACUAAUAUUUCUGGCAGUAUGGUAAUUGUUAAUGCAUUUUAUUAAUUCAAUACCUUACUCGUCAAAUUUUGGCACUGAGUCAAUAGCAGCUAAAUGUAGUAAAAUAGGAAUAUGUUCUGAAGACAUCACUCUUAACUGUCAUUAGAUGGAGUCAAAAAACUUAGUACAAUACACUUUGAUGAUGAAAUGUUAAGUGAUUAUGUACAUUUUUCUAUGUAGAUGAAAUAUGUAACGUUUUUUGUAAAUGAUCAAUUUUACUGCCUAUAAAAUUGGCAUACUGGCAUAAUGAAAUUGAUUCAUAAUUAAGGAUCUCAAAGAAAUUUAUGCCCUGAAAACUAUCAAAAUCCAGUAAUUGUUUGCAUAAUUUUUUAAUGAUGUUAUGAUAAUCAUUAGACGAAAAUAAAUAUUAUACAUUUUACUGAAAGUUAAAAAAUGUAACAUUUAAAACAUGUUAUUUUCAGUCAUGAUAAAGUUUCAACUAAAUUAACAUUUGGUACCUAAAUAUAGUUUGCUAUGUUAACCAAAAUCUUUUACCGAUUUAGUUUCAGGUUGAUGGAAACAAAAAAGAUGCUUGCGCCACAAAUAUGGCUAUAUAGUCGCAUUAUACUGUUACGUUUGACAUAGCGCAUUUUUUUUAUUGCUUUAGCGGGUGGACGAGCUCACAGCCCACCUGGUGUUAAGUGGUUACUGGAGCCCAUAGACAUCUACGACGUAAAUGCGCCACCCACCUUGAGAUACCCUAAGGUCUCAGUAUAGUUACAACGGCUACCCCGCCCUUCAAACCGAAACGCAUUACUGCUUCACAGCAGAAAUAGGCAGAGUGGUGGUACCUACCCGCGCAGACUCACAAGAGGUGAAGUUUAGUACCAGUAAAGUUUUACUGAACGUAUUGCAACUCUCUUUUUUGUUGGCGCUAGUUUCUAAAGGAUUCUUUGCAAUUGUGAAAAAUGAUUACAUUUCGUAAAAAAAAAAACUAAAGCAUUCUCAUGCAAAAUCACAUUGUUUUGAACUUUCGUGGCUAUUUAUAUAUAUUUUUUUGUUUAACGGGUUUUUACCAUGCUUUCUAUCUAUUUCAUUGACUUUUCGGGUUUUCUAGGCUGUUGUAAGUGCCAAAAUGACGAGUAAAGACUGCGGUGAUAUGUUAUGUUGUUCUGUUCCUCCACUUCAUUCAUAAAUUCCAAACCCAAGUAUAAAUUUUUACAAAAUAAUUUUAUUGUUAAAACCUACAGUGAGUUUGCGAGUUAAUCAGUCUUCCCUUGCACAUAGGCUGAUCGUAGUGUAGUACUGUCCUGAUAUCGGCCAUAUGCUUAUCGUUCGCGUCAAUAUGAACUCCGUGAUGAUUUUUAUUUAAAAAAAUGCCUGAUUCGAUUUUAUUUAUGAUCUGCCAGUGGUCCUUGUUUUUUUCUAAAAAAUAUGUGUCUUGAUUUAUAGUGAAAAACGGUGAUUGGCAAAGAAUUUCUCGAUUUGUUGUAUGCUGAAAAAAGGAGGACAAGGCAACAACUUUUUACUUUGCGAUUAAAGAUUUCUUUCAACAUAACUGGUAUUUAAAAAAUUAAAAUUCUAAGUGUGCUGUAAAAAAAUACUAGGUACCAAUUCUUUUUUUUUUUUUGGAAUUGGUCUACAUUACUAUCGACUACUAGUUAGGCCGCAACCCUAGCGGACUAUAAAAUAUGUCUUUUUGUAAAGAAGUCUCAUUUCAUCAGUACUCAACUACUCACUCACAUCGCUUUUGCUAUUGAGAAACUGGUACUAAAGACAAUAGCUCUUACUGAAAAGUAGUUAUGAAUCAGCUGCUGGCCGUAUUUACAGUAAAGCUGCAGCCUCGCAAUCAAUUAAGUUUUUACAAUUAUUAUUUAACUUUCUGGUAGGGCGUAAUUGAACACCGCAAGGGUGGACGCUACUUUUUUUCUCCACGAAUGUAAUGUUAUUGAAAUUGCAUUUCUACCUCAUAUCAUCACCACCACGUGCGGGCUCCCAAAUUAACAGUUGAUGGAACGUGAGGUCUUCUAUGGCAAGAACAAAAAAAGAUUGAUUUAAAGAAGCUUAAAUCAUCCUAAUUGUCUGUGAGAUAUAUUUUAUUAUCACAGAAUGCAAUGUUUAAAUGGUAUAUGAGGCGGUUAUUUUUUUUAAAUAAACAUACAUAUUUUUUCGCAUUCGCAAUAUCUUAGUUAAACUAAGAUUUGCUUGUUCUAUAUUUUUCCUACGGAUAACGAUGUAGGUAUCUAUACUGCGAUCUCUAUUGUAAACUAAAAAAGUUAAAUAAAAACAUUAACAGAAAUAA